AGACUCAGAGCAGUUCAGUGAAGAAGAGGCUUCACUCUCUCUCUCUCUCUCUCUCUCUCUCUCUCUCUCUUCUCACUCUUCACACUCUUCUGUUCCAGUCUCUUCUUCUUGUGCUGCAAUGGCUGUUCCAGCUUUUGGAAUAAUGGCUUUUUCUCUGAGUGCUUUUGUGAUUUUUGCAUUGCUGGGUUUGGUCAGCUCAGCAAAAUUUGAAGAGCUUUUCCAGCCAACCUGGGCUCUCGAUCACUUCAACUAUGAGGGAGAGCAAGUUCACAUGAAACUCGACAACUUUUCCGGAGCUGGGUUUCAAUCCAAGAACAAGUACUUGUUUGGAAAAGUGAGCAUUCAGAUUAAGCUCAUCGAGGGCGACUCCGCCGGAACUGUCACUGCUUUCUAUAUGUCAUCGGACGGUCCACUACACGAUGAGUUCGACUUCGAGUUUCUGGGGAACACUACAGGGGAACCUUAUUCAGUGCAGACCAAUAUAUAUGUCAAUGGUGUGGGAAACAGAGAGCAAAGGUUGAACCUUUGGUUCGAUCCCACCACGGAAUUCCACUCCUACUCCAUCUUCUGGAAUCAGCGCCAAGUAGUGUUCCUAGUCGAUGAGACGCCCAUUAGAGUCCACACCAACAUGGAAAACAAAGGGGUGCCCUUCCCCAAGGACCAAGCCAUGGGUGUCUACAGUUCAAUUUGGAAUGCAGAUGACUGGGCCACACAGGGUGGCAGGGUCAAGACAGAUUGGUCCCAUGCACCCUUCGUCGCAACCUACAAGGGCUUUGACAUCAAUGCCUGUGAGUGCCCAGUUUCUCUUGCAGCCGCAGAUAAGGCAAAGAAGUGCAGCAGCAGUGGUGACCAGAAGUACUGGUGGGAUGAACCUACUUUGUCCGAGCUCAAUCUCCACCAGAACCACCAGCUCGUGUGGGUUAAGGCUCACCACAUGGUCUAUGACUACUGCACCGAUUCCGCUAGGUUUCCGGUGACUCCACUCGAGUGCGUGCACCACCGCCACUAGUUGAUGGUGCGAGCAAUAACAGUCGAGAACGAGAAGGCGAAAGAAAGAAACAUUGUAUAAAAGAAAUCAAGAAGGGGGUUAAAAAGCUAUAUAUAGACAUGUGCUCCAUGUUUUGUUCAAUUUAUUUUUUCUUGUUUCUUUUGCUCGUGUAGCUUUCGGGUUGUAUGGUAAUUUUAAUGUGAAAUAUGAAGUUCUCUUUUUCAAACUC